AGAGAGCGUGAAGUAGGAGGGUAUCGCAUCGGUAACGAGAUUGGUCGCGGUUCAUUUGCGACGGUUUACAAAGGUUACCGCAUUAAGGACCGCGAACCCGUCGCCAUCAAAUCAGUCUUACGAUCAAAGCUUACGAAGAAGUUGCUGGAGAACCUCGAUUCUGAAAUCGCAAUCCUCAAGAGCCUGGGGCACCCACACAUCGUCGCCCUCAUCGCCUGCUUCAACCACCAGCCAUCACCAACACCGCAAUAUGACCUUUCAUCAUCACCAAGCCCAGCCAACUUUGAGGCCGGAGGAUCAUCGACAAGCAAAUAUAUCCACCUCAUCAUGGAGUUCUGCGCGCUGGGCGACCUGAGUUUCUUUAUCAAGAAGCGUGAACAUUGGAAGGAGAUACCAGAGAUUCGCCACCUUAGCACGCGUUACCCAUACCCACCGGCCGGUGGCCUGAAUGAAUACGUUGUUAAGCAUUUCCUGCGGCAACUGUCAUCCGCGCUUGCUUUCCUCCGCGAGAGGAACCUCAUUCACAGAGAUGUUAAGCCGCAAAACUUGCUGCUCCAGCCGCCACCGAACCCUAAUGCGCCUGCAUUCUGCAGCAGCGGAGAGGACCUGCCGGUAUUGAAGAUUGCUGAUUUCGGUUUUGCAAGGAGUCUGCCAGGUGGAGGACUGGCUGAGACUUUGUGUGGAAGUCCAUUGUAUAUGGCACCAGAGAUCCUGAGGUACGAGAAGUAUGACGCCAAGGCAGACCUUUGGUCCGUAGGUGCUGUCCUGUUUGAGACAUUGACGGGCCGUCCUCCGUUCCGUGCGCAGAAUCACGUCGAGUUGCUUCGCAGAAUCGAACGUGCAGGGUCGGCAGGUGUGAGAUGGCCGGAAGAGGCGUUGUCCAAUGUCAGUGGCGAGAUGAGGGAGUUCGUAGGGAGAUUGUUGAAGAAGGAACCUGGGGAGCGUAUGGAUUUUGGAGAGUUUUUUGGGUGGGUUGAUGGAAUGGAGGGUGUCGGUGGACAAGCAUUGGAAGUUGUCGCAAAGUCCAGGACGGGUGAGUUGAUGGUGGGCACGACUACAUUACCUACGGAGGGAACGAGUCCCAGUCCAGCAUUCAUCACGGAUUAUAUCUCGUCAACACCAAGGCAGCCGGCACCGCCUAUGGUUCCUUCAUCUAUACCUACGCGACCCCCGCUGGGUCAUCAUGCAACAACGACUAAUGCUCAUCAGCCACCUACGGGUUACUUCACCCGGAGGAUGUCAACACCCAGUCAUACUGCACGUCCUGCUCUCACGCACGACACCUUCCAAACACCAUCCGCAGCGACAGCUUUGGAGCGUCGUCCCUCUCAGCGGGCUCAUGCGGGCACGCAGGUCGUCACUACCAUUGACGAGGAUGAGAGGGAUUAUGUCAUGGUUGAGAAGCGGUCUGUGGAAGUAAAUGCCCUGGCGGAUGAGCUUGCGAGACCGAGAACGCAGCCGCCUGUCAGUCGUCGUUCAUCUGGCUCUUUGGCUAGGGGUAUCAGUGCGACGGGUGGUUAUUCACCCCGUUCUACCAGCGCGUUUGGUACGUCGCCCGGUUCGGCGCUCGCGAAGGCCAUUUCGCUUGCGAGUAUGCGUUUGUUGGGUUCGGGAAAGUCUCCUCCCGUGGCUCAAUGGCUGGCGAAGGGAAAGAAAGUAAUGCCUUGGAUGAGUAGUCCUCACUACAACCACGUAGUGGGAUUCGAGACUGGAACCGAGGACGAUGCGCAGGUCGUGAAGCAGCUUGGUGAGAUCUGCAGCCGUGCCGAAGUCGUGUAUGAGUUUGCGGAGGUUAAGCUGUCGCAGUUGAUACCACCUACACCAGUUGGUGCUGGCGGAGCUGAUCCUUCGCCGUUGACACCGGAAGCGACUGCGACACUCGCCGAGGAAGCGUUGGUGUUGUACGUGAAGAUUUUAGGUCUUCUUCAGCACGGGAUGGAGAUUGUCGGCGCUUACUGGUCCAGUGCUAGACAUGGUAUUGCCGCCAGUCCCGACUUGAAUACUGCCGUGCAAUGGAUCCGUGAUAGGUUCAACGAGUGCUUAGAGAAGGCAGAGUAUGCCAGAGGCAAACUUGGCAGUGCCGUGGGUGAGAGUGGACCUACCCCGAGCUCCGCAACUAUGGAGGUGAUCACUGCCGAGAAGCUUCUAUACAACCGUGCUUUGGACAUGAGUCGUCAAGCAGCGAUCAACGAGCUCGUAGGGGAUGACCUUCUCCAAUGCGAGAGUUCAUAUGAGGUCGCGAUCACGAUGUUGGAAGCGAUUUUGGAUAACGAG